CUUAUUUGUAGAUCUUUGCUUUUAUUAUUAUUAUUAUUAUUGUUAUUGUUAUUAUUAUUAUUUUUAUUUUAUUUUUACAAGCCGCGCUCUUUUUAAAUUUUGGUUCAUGUAGAAAAAUUUUCUUAUUUUUUUUUUCUGCCUUGUUUUUUCCCUUAAAAUGUCUACAGCAAAUACAGGCUUCGAUGUCAUUUCUGCAUAUCAAUCAUCUUUAAAUGACACAGUAAUGAUUAGUAUUAUGAUAAUAAAGUACGCAUUUUAAUAUGGUUUCUUUUUUUUUUUAAAUAGGAAUUAUCUACACCUGUUGCCAUUUUUAAAGCUUUGACAGAAUUUGUUCAACACAGUAAAGCUCCUACAAUGUCAGAAUUUAUGCAAACAUUAGAAAAAGCAGCCCAAUCGAUCCGUCAAGAUUCUCAAUCACUUUCCAACAAGCCCAAAAAUCAACAUAAAGCUGCUAUAGCCAUCUUGGCAGGUGUUGAUUUAUUUAUGCGUUUUGUCACAAGAAACUCACAUGACUUUUCCCUCUCAGAGGAGGCAGGCAGUUUUGAAGAUUUUAAAAAUAAUUUGUUAUCUAGAGCUGGUUUGAUUUUGGAAAAGGCAGCAACUGCAAGAGAUAGAGCAGCUGAAAUUGGUGCACAGUUUGUUCAUGAUAAUGCAAUUAUUCUUGUUCAAGGUUAUUCGCGUGUUAUUAUGAGUGUACUGUGUCAUGCUGCUAAUGUACAAAAUAAACGAUUUAAGGUCUAUGUGACAGAAGGUCGACCUAAUGGUGAUGGUAUUCAGGCAGUCUCUGCUUUAAGAAAGCACGGUAUUCCUUGUAGAGCAGUUUUGGAUUCUGCUGUAGGAUAUAUUAUGGAUAAAGUAGAUAUGGUAUUUGUGGGAGCUGAAGGGGUAGUUGAAAAUGGUGGUAUUGUUAAUAAGAUUGGUACAUUCCAGAUUGCUUUAGUAGCAAAUGCAUUAAGUAAACCAGUUUAUGCUGUUGCAGAAAGCUAUAAAUUUGUGCGUGUUUAUCCUUUAAAUCAAUAUGAUAUUCCCUCAGAAACUCCUGAAAUUGUCACAUUUACUUCAAGAAGGAAAUCAUUGAGUGGAAAUAUAUCAACAGAGGAUGAUUUGGCUUUAUCAAAUCCUUCUGUCGAUUAUACGCCUCCUCAAUACAUUACAUUACUUUUAACUGAUUUAGGUGUCUUGACUCCUUCAGGUGUUUCUGAUGAAUUAAUCAAGCUUUAUGUAUAAUAAUAAUAAUAAAAAGAAAUAGAGUAGAAGAUAUUCUUCUAUAAUAAUUGUUUCAUAAUAGAAAAC